CCUCGCGGCGCCCGGGGCCCCGCCGCGCCAGCCGCCGCCGCCCGCCUCCCCGCCCCUUCCCCAGCCGGCGCUCCCGUUACGCCGCGGAGCCGGGAGCCGGAGCCCGAGCCCGCGGCGGCAGCGGGAGGCGGAGACGGGGGCGCCCGGGCGGCGGGGCCUGCGGGGCCUGCGGGGGGGGCUGGCCGGGCCCGGCCAGGCCGCGAUGGCGACCAAGAAGGCGGGCUCGCGGCUGGAGACGGAGAUCGAGCGCUGCCGCUCCGAGUGCCAGUGGGAGCGGAUCCCCGAGCUCGUCAAGCAGCUGUCGGCCAAGCUCAUCGCCAACGAUGACAUGGCAGAACUCCUCCUUGGGGAAUCAAAGCUGGAGCAGUACCUGAAGGAACACCCCCUGCGGCAGGGGGCCAGUCCCCGAGGCCCCAGGCCCCAGAUGACUGAGGUCCGCAAGCAUCUGACCGCUGCCCUGGACCGAGGGAACCUCAAGUCAGAAUUCCUACAAGAGUCCAAUCUGAUCAUGGCCAAGUUGGAUUAUGUUGAAGGAGACUAUGAAGCCGCUCUCAACAUUUAUGCCCGGGUGGGCCUGGAAGACUGGCCGCUGACGGGCGUCCCCCCUUACAGGUUACGGAUGGCCGCGGACGCCUACGCCACCAAAGGACUUUGUUUAGAGAAGUUGCCUAUUUCUUCUUCUACCAGUAAUCUCCUUGUGGAUCGGGAACAGGAUGUCAUCACGUGUUAUGAGAAGGCAGGGGACAUUGCACUCCUGUACCUCCAAGAGAUAGAAAGGGUAAUACUUUCUAAUAUUCAAAACAGAAGUCCUAAGCCUGGCUCUGCUCCCCACGAUCAAGAACUAGGUUUUUUCCUAGAAACAGGACUACAGAGAGCCCAUGUCCUCUAUUUCAAAAAUGGGAACUUGACGAGAGGAGUCGGGAGAUUUAGAGAGCUCCUCAGAGCAGUGGAAACGAGAACAACCCAGAACCUGCGAAUGACAAUAGCCAGGCAGCUGGCGGAGAUCUUGUUGCGGGGUAUGUGUGAGCAGAGCUACUGGAACCCUCUGGAGAAUCCACCAUGCCAGUCACCUCUGGACGAUCCUCUCCGGAAAGGAGCAAACACAAAAACCUACACCCUCACGCGGAAAGCCCGUGUCUACUCAGGAGAGAACAUUUUUUGUCCUCAAGAAAAUACUGAAGAAGCCCUGUUGUUAUUGCUGAUUAGUGAGUCAAUGGCCAACCGGGACGCUGUGCUGAGCAGGAUACCUGAGCACAAGAGCGACCGCCUCAUCAGUUUACAGAGUGCAUCUGUGGUCUAUGAUUUACUGACCAUCGCUCUUGGAAGAAGAGGCCAGUAUGAGAUGCUGUCAGAGUGCUUAGAAAGAGCCAUGAAGUUUGCCUUUGAGGAGUUCCACCUCUGGUACCAGUUUGCUCUGUCACUCAUGGCUGCUGGAAAAUCUGCUCGCGCGGUGAAGGUGCUGAAAGAGUGCAUCCGCCUGAAGCCGGACGACGCCACCAUCCCACUUCUGGCCGCAAAGCUGUGCAUGGGCUCCCUUCACUGGUUGGAAGAGGCUGAGAAGUUUGCCAAAACCGUCGUUGAUGCGGGAGAGAAAACGUCAGAGUUCAAGGCCAAAGGCUACUUGGCCCUGGGGCUUACGUACAGUCUGCAGGCCACUGACGCUUCUUUGCGAGGGAUGCAGGAGGUCCUACAGAGAAAGGCGCUUCUUGCAUUUCAGAGGGCCCACAGCCUGUCACCUACGGAUCACCAAGCAGCUUUCUACCUGGCUCUGCAGCUUGCCAUCUCCAGACAGAUACCAGAGGCUCUGGGGUAUGUCCGCCAAGCUCUUCAACUUCAAGGCGAUGAUGCCAACUCCCUGCACCUCCUUGCCCUCCUGUUGUCAGCACAAAAGCAUUACCAUGAUGCUCUGAAUAUCAUUGACAUGGCCCUGAGUGAAUAUCCAGAAAAUUUUAUACUACUGUUUUCCAAAGUGAAGUUGGAGUCGCUGUGCCGGGGCCCGGAUGAGGCGCUCCUCACCUGUAAGCACAUGCUACAGAUUUGGAAAUCCUGCUACAAUCUUACCAAUCCCAGUGAUUCUGGACGUGGGAGCAGCCUCUUAGAUAGAACCAUUGCUGACAGACGACAGCUUAAUACAAUUACUUUGCCAGACUUCAGCGAUCCCGAGACAGUGUCAGAUUCCUCCUCCUCCUCUUCUCUUUCAAGAACCGAAUCUCCUCUCCACCUGUUUGUAUCUUCUCAUCUUCAUUCUCAUCCCAAACCCGAUACCUUUGUGUGGCCCCCGGCAGCUCAUUCAGUCAGUGACCCAGGUCCCCGCCAGGAACCCUCUCUGUGCAACUCUCCAGAAGUAUACUUUCAUGGUUUCCCCUCCCUUUUUUCAGUUAGCUCUGUCCACGCCACGUCGGUAGCAGCCUCCAGAGUGGAGCAGGCACUGUCGGAAGUGGCGUCGUCUCUGCAGAGCAGUGCCCCCAAGCAGGGCCCGCUACACCCCUGGAUGACGCUGGCGCAGAUCUGGCUCCACGCAGAUGCUGGCCAGCGUUCAGCCUCUUGCUGGGUUCUAGACAGGCUGACUCAAGGGCCCGGGAACAGCAGUCAUGCCUUCCUCUGUGGCUCUCUUGAAGAAAAGCUGGUCCCCAGUCUAGGACCUGGUGCCUGUCCUACUCAGUCAUCCUCGUGAGCAGUGACGGCAAAGAACAAAAAGAGAAGGGGUUCACUUUAGUGUCCAGGCCAGGUGAGACUGGCCGAACCUGCAGGGCUAGUAGAGGGGCAGAGUUGUCCUUCAAAAUGGGCAUGAAGUUGAGUUUUUAAAGGGUUAAUGUCUACGAAACCACAAGGGCAGAAGGUGAUCCUUCUAGGCUGGAAGCAGCUCCCUUGACCUCCCAGGCAUUCUCUUGCUUGUGGCUCGGAAAACCUAAUGACCUUGGUGAGGGUCACUGAGUCCCAGGACCGCUUUGCCCAGUGGCUUGCUGCCCCUCCCUCAGUUAUCCAGGCUUUGCUCCUCGACGUGACCCACCAUGACUCGGGAGGAAAUUUUGUAGCUGCUUAUUAGAACAUUGAAGAACCCGGCAGCUAAGAUUCCUUUUGGAGUUAUCCUUGAAGUUUUAUCAAUCGUGUGACAUCCCUUUCUCAUUGCCAUAGCCUAUAGGACAGAAUAAAGCUCUCAUUGCUAUUAACGCGUGUGGCUUUUAACAUUCUACGAGUUGGUGGGAUUGAAUUCUGGAAAUGGAAUAUCAUACUUGCCUUAAACUCCAGGCAGAAUGUAAGUCCCGCUUAUAUAGUAUGAAUGAGUGAAGCAAAUUAUAAUCUUUAUAGGAUUGGUGCUAUAUUGACUCUUUCAAAGCACUGACUUUGAGUCAAGAUUAGAAUGGUAUCGUAUAUUCAAUAUGGUCUUUGAAGAGGUAAACUCAGAAGGAAUUCAUAAAAGAAGCUUCCACUGAACUGUAAGGUUUUACCAUAGGUGGUUUGAGCUUUACUGCUCUGGGUGGCAAACUAAAAGUGACUCACAUUUUUUGACAACUUAUGGAAACCAGGUAACAUCUGCGUCCAUCGUCAGCUCUAACAAUACCGCCAGAUUCUGUAAAUGCCGCAAGCUUUGGAAGAAACUAGAUCAAGGCCUCACACCCAAGGCCAUGGUGUUUCUGUGGCGUUUGCGGGUCUCUUCUCUCCUGGUUGUUUUUGCUGGUGAUCUGAGUGUAGUGGGAGCUUGUGGUGGAGGCCCGUGCUGGAGGUGGCCCCAGAUUUGAGGCUGGCAGGUAAGGCCACUCUGAGACGACCUCAGAUUUCCAGCCUAUUAUAUGAGCAGGUCCCUGAGCCACUUGUGUGUCAUCUGAGUGGCAAAGAGAUCAUGACUGGGACACCGGAGCCUCUGGCUGCUCUGUGAGGACAUCAGCCACAGGCCCAGUGGGGAGCACAGACCCAGGAAGUCCAGGGAUGCUUGACCAUCCAGGGUCCCUCCCGUCCUGUGUGAUGGGACCCAUGCCCUGGGCGCCCCUUCCCGCUGUACCUCUUCUUCCUUCCUGGACACUUCUGACCCCAGGGCCUCAGGCUCCUCACAGGGUACCUGGUGGCCAACUGGCAUGGGUUGUACAUGUUUUGUUGCUUGGUUUUUUUGGACCCAUGUGACAAUUUUAUUUAAAUUAUUUUUGAAAAAAUAAUACACGCACAUGAUACACAGUUCAAAAGGCACAAGAGAUGUGAAAUGAGAGGCUUUCUGCCAUCCCAAGUGUCAGUCACACUCCCCCACGGCAACCACCGUUAGCGUGUGCACCCCCGCCGGGGUGUAACACUCGGCGCAGACCAUUGCCCUUCGGCACAUCAGAGAGCAAAUCCGUUGUAUGAUUUUACCGUAAUUUAACCAGUAGCCCACUGACUAACAUUUAGAUGAUUUCUAGUAUUUUGCUGCUACAGACGAUGCGUCAAUGAGUAGCCGUCUAUAGAUUGUUCCGUCCCUGUAAGGUAAACUCCUCAAAGUGGAAUUGACGGAUCAAAGGGUGCGUACUCUUUAAUUUUGGUAACUUUUGUCACAUUGCCUUCCACAGAAUUGUGCCAGUUUGCAUUCCAGUCAACAAGGUGAGAAUGCCCAUGUUCUCACAUUCUUGAUAACACAGCAAAUCAUCAGACCUCAAGAUCUUUGCCGAUCUGAUAGAUGAAAAUGGUAUUUCAGUUGUCUGCUCCUGGCUUCUGCCCAUUUAUCUUCUUAGAUGCCGAGCUUUUCUUUUUGAGUCGUAAGCACUUAUUAUGUGUCAAAGAAGUUGGCCUUGUGCCAUAUGUGCUCUAAGUAUUUCCCCCCAUUUUAAUUUUGUUUGUGUUUUGGGGUUUUGUUGGGGGUUUUUUGCCAAAUUUUUUUUUUUUUUUACAUUUAUCAAUCUUUUGGGUAUCAAAAGAUUGGGUAUCAGCUCUGGGUAUCACAUGAUAUUUAGAAAGAAACUACCCAUUUUUAUGGUCUCUUUUCCUGGAUUUCCAAGUAUCUUCUAGUGCCAUUUGUAUAAACACCAUCUUACAAAGAAGGUCCAAAGCGUUCUUUUCCUCUGUUAUGCAGAAGGGAAACCCAGGCCAAAUAGAAACCAGCACCUCUGUGGUCUCACUGGGCAGGAGUCAGGUGAGCUGAAUUAGAGCCUUUGAUGUUUGUUGCACCUUGAGACAUAUCUUCCUGGGAGUCAUACAUCGUUUUCUUUAGAAUGCACACCUUAUCACUGGCCUUUGGAAAUUCAUACAUUCACAGUCAUUCAGAGUUGAACCAGGGCCUUUCCCAAGCCAAGCAGCUUCUUGGUGUCCAUCCUUCAAUUUCCACUUCUGGGAUGGCAGCUAAAAAUGACUGUGCAGUAGGUGGAUAAUUUCUGCUUGUUACUUACUAAUAAUUAUAGCUUUCACUUUGGCAUCUCUCACCGUCGAAACCAACGGCUAUUCUUAGAUGUGCAAGAUCAGAUUUUCUGAUUUCUGCUGGGAAUGUAAAGCUGUGAUACUCUCACAAAUUCCUUGGCCCUGGCUGGCCUGUCCCGUUUGCCCUUCCCCCUGCUAGGUUCCUCCCAGCCACCGGGAGGCUGCAUCGGCAGGGUUGAAGGGUAAUCCUGUGGCACGGCCCCCAUGACAAGGUGAAGACAGCUCCCAGACAGGUGGCGUGAGGGUGACUGCACAGGGAGUGCUUGCAGGAGGGAACAUGUGGUACCCAGGGGUCAAGCCUGACCUGACACGGUGCCAGUCUCCGUGGGUCAGCCCCGCCAGACCUGCCCCUUCUGCUGCCCUGGGAGGUUUUGAUUCACGGUCUACAACCUGCAGGUAGCUGACCUUUACCAAGCACCGUGCAUGUGUCAGACCUGAUCCUAGGACUUUAUGUGUCUUAACUUGUUUAGUCCUUGUGAUAGCCGUAUAAGGUAUAAAUACCCCUUAAUCACCCCAUUUUACAGAUGGAAGAACCAAGACACAGCUCUCACGUCACCUGCCUAAGGUUGCAUGACUAGUAAGUGGAGAAACCAGAAUCCAGACCCAACCAGUGUGGGCCCAGGGCCCCAGCCCCCGCCCAGGGAGGGCACUCAGCUAUGGAGCACGCAGCUGUGAGCAUCUGUUCACGUGCGUCCUCAGGGCGAGGCUCUGGAGCUCAGGGGUCAGCAGACGGACACGGGCUCUGCCUUCAUGGAGUUUACAGAUGUGAAACAUAACAACUGCAGAAGCACUUAAUUCCACGGUGCCGAGUACCCCAGAGCAGCAGUGUAGGCUCUGGGAGAACUGGGAACCGAGGUCCUCCCCAGCCAGGACCGGAGGAGGCCUGAGCACGUGGCAGGCGUAGGACACACGUGGACAGGCCUGUGGGCCACGUGAGCCCUGAGGUUAGAGAAAUGGCAGGGCCGCAGGGCAUGCAGCCUAGAGAGGAAGAAUCACGUGGCCGAGGCGAGGCCAGACGAGCCAGCGCCCUGGUGACCAGGUCAGGAUCUCUUCCUAAAAGCACUGAAAAGCUGUGGAAGGACGGCAAGCGGGGGGAUGAAGGGAUCAGAGGGAGGUUGCUACAAGAUCACCCUGGAGGAAUGGGGGGCACGGAACGGGAGGCAGUGCCGUGGGGAGGCAAGGUCAGGAACUUCGGUCUGUGUGACCGCGGGGAACGGCCGGUCUGAGGGUGGAGAGAGGGGGAUACCUGAGUUGCAUUUUCGAGGCAGAACUGAUAGGACUUGUUGAUGGGUUAGAUGUAGGGGUGAAGGAAAAGGAAGACUCCUGUGUUGGGAGCUGGAGCCAGCAGGUAACUGGUGAUUCCUCUUCCUGCCACGGGCAGCCUGGGUGGUGGGAACCGAUGGGUGGGGAUAUGGGGGGGCAAGAGCAACCAGAGCCCUCCUUGAACUUGGGAGCGUCGGGUGCCUGAGGACCCACAGUGAAGGUGUCAGGCAGGUGGCUGGAUACUCAAGUCUACGCUUGAGGUUUGGGCUAGAGACAUCAAGUUGCGAGUGGGGAUUUAAAGCCAAGGGAUGUGAUGAGAAUGUCGAUGGAGAAGGGAAAGGGCCAGGCCCCAGACCCGAGCCCUCAACAUUCAAAAUUUGGGGAGGAGAGGAAAAGCCAAAGCAGCAGAAAGGAAGUGGUCAGCAAGGCGGGAGGGAACCGGGAGACGUGGCGUCCUGGCAGCCAAGGGGGGUUACGUCCUGGCAGCCUGCGCGGUACCAUCAAGGGCUUGGGUUCUGGACUCAGACUAGUUGAAAUCCUGGUCCCACCACCCUAGUGCCCUCCUCUGCAAAAUGACGACAGUUUGACAGUCACACAGAAAAUGCAUGAGAGUGUUCAACAGGUGGGGGUCAGACACUCCAUAGCUGUUAAAAUAAUGAUUUCUUGAUCAGCAUCGUAUCUUCAUUUAUUUUUAAAGGUUAUAGUCCAUUUAUAGUUAUUAUAAAAUAUUCCCCACGUUGUAUAAUGUAUCCUUGCCGCUCGUUUUAUACCUAAUAGUUCAUACCUCUUAGUCCCCUACCCCUCCCUUGCCCCUGCCCCCUUCCCUCUCCCCAUUGUAAAAUAAUGAUUUUUAAGUGCGUGUGGCAGGUAGGAAAUGCUGCGGAGGGCUUGAAUAAGGUGGAGACAAAGACAUUGGUCUCUCGGCAGACACGUGCGCCCAGCGCUGGCGCUGCCCUGCCCUCCGCGGUGGAGGCUGUCCCAGGACCAGCGUGCUAAGGUUGUUUCCCAAGUCUCCUCUCUCUAGGGAAGCAGGGUUUGGGGAAAGGGAAAUGGUUUCGGGGGGUCGGCGAGUCUGCAGGCCUAACUCCCUGCUGCCUGCAAGACCGAGAGAAGCUGAUGGCCCACGCGCCUUUUUCUGCAUCCCUCUCUGCCAGACCUCUGGGGGAAUGGAGGAUCUGAUGGCUCGCACACAGGUACAGCCCUCGGGCCGCCUCUCACAUACACGGCUCCUUUGUGUAAGUUUCACAGGAAUGUCCCCUCUGGGUAGGCUAAGCCCCAGGGAGCAGGUGUGCCUUAGCUGAAGGCACCUUGGUGAGAAGAGCUUCCUCGCUUUCCAGGGGCAGAUGCAGCCCUACGCCAGGCUCACAGCUGGCCAGCGGGGUCCAGGCUGGUCAGCCCCACUCCGCACAGCGCCUCUGCACGGCGCACGACCCAAACAGCCCUGAGCCCAAGGCAGGCAAUGGGAGCCGGUUCUCAGCCUUGCAGCCGACGUGAAGCAGGUGCUUGACAAGUGUCAGAAGAGUGAAUGAACGAGUGAGGAAACUGGGCCCCGUGCGGGGCUGUGGGUGCGUCCCACUCCAGGUCCCCCUAUCGGGAGCCCCCUUCACCACUGAGGAGGAAAGAGGCCCCGGGCCUUGGCACUAUAGCUCAGCCCUUUUCAGAUCCCAUCUUUAGCUUGGUUUGGCCAACGAUUUCGGAAAGCCCUCUGCGCGAGGCACAACGCACAGGGGAGCGGACUUGAUCCCGGCCCUCCAGGGACGUGACCUCUACGGGAUAACACAAGUCACGGGAGCACGGGGCAGCCUGGGGUGAGGGACUUCCCAGAGCACGCGGGGCAGUGGAGGGGUGACGCACCCAGGCCUAUCUGGGGAAGUCGUGUGCAGGGUGGGGUUUGGGGGGACGUCAUGUGCAGGGCGAGGUUUGCGGGAACCCAGGGUGAGGAGUGAUGGGUCUGCAACAGUACAGGGAAGGCACUUUGGGCAGAAGAAACAGCACAGCCAAGGUGUGGAGGUGAGACCGUGAAUGGAGCACGGAGGGAGUGAAAAGGUAGCAGGGUCCUAGUUUAGAACGGGAAGCAAAAACAUCUGGGUUACAUUCACCUGCAGUUGGGAACCAUUGAGGGUUUGCAAGCGGGGGUGGGGUGGAGGGGUAUUUCCAGCAUUUUUCAUAGUAACCUGGUAGCAAGGAGAAAGCAAGAGAGUCCAGAGAGGACAGCCAGAGCUUAGUCUGAGCUUCAGAAAGGGGUAGAAAGUGUCCGUGACCCUGCGUGGCACCUUACCUUUCGUUAGAGGCUGUCAGCUGUCAGCUGCCAGCGACCGGGACAGACUCUGUCCCUGUGACCUCUUCAGAGAGUGACCCUUCAGAGCCCGUCCCGCAGCGGGGGCUCUGACACUGCGCUGAACUGUGUUCUUGUUAGGAGCCGAUCAGCUUUAAGUUCCCAGAGCCAGCUUCCCGCUCUGUUGCUGUUCCUUCGGUACAAGCUCUUAUAUCUCUUAAUGAGCUCAAAAGGCCCUUUGUGGGGUUUUUUGUGUGUUUUUUGUUUUCACUUGAAUUUAGCUCUUGGUGAAGGGGUCGGGGAGCAUCACUUGCUGUGACUUCUCUGGCCUUUGACUCCUCAUCGACCUGGGCCACAGAGACGGUUGCCUUCCUCUGACCCGCAAGCAGUGUCCAUUAGUCUACAGUCUUUCCUUAAGCACCUACUAAGUGCUAGGCCUGUGCUAAGGGGUGCAGAGGUGACGUGGCUGGAAGUUGCUCAUAGUUUUAGUGGGAAAAGACAAUACCGAUCACAUUUUUUGGAGGCUUUAGGGAAAUAGUACACCUCUGUUUGCGUCCUGAGUUCUGAGCCAGUUAAGAAAGAGACAGGGAGUGAGAUGGAGAUCACACUCCCAGCUUUGUGCCCAGGGAGGCUGAAUCGGAGGAUGCAUCGUGACUCCUGGCCUCAGCUGGGCUCCCAGUGCAUCACAGCUGAUCGAAUUCACCCGUCCCGAAUUGCUGGCCUCGCUGUCGCAGGGGCAGAGCCCAGCAUCACGCCCGCAGGAGCAAGCCGAGAAUGCGGGCAUUCAAGGCUCCAGGCUUCCACCCUCUUGGUUGAGACGCGGGCCAGCCUCAGGCCCCACCUGGCAGGUGAACAGGCCCAGAGAAGUUGAUGGCCUUGCCCAAGGUCACACACAAGGCCUGGGCGCAGGGAUCGAACCCUCCAUGUUCCCCUGACACUGGCUGACCAACGGGGUACCCUAGAGUCCUGGUAGCAAGGAGAAGGAGGGCUUGAAUAAGGUGGAGGCAGUGCUGCCUCAGAGACCCGGAGAGGGGGCCAAACCAAGAAGGGAGGCCAGCUGUCCACUCUUAAGAUCUCUUUGGAGGAAAGAGGCUCCACUGGGGAGAAAUGGUUUGAAAAUCACCCCAGCCCGUUGCGCCUGUGUCCUUCUGUUUGAUCUUAAAACGGAGGGGUCAGGGAGCAGCGCGGGCCGUGCACUCGCCCGCCCCUCUGCCUCGGGAGCACAGGCCGCAGCAGUGACAUGAGCCUGCCCCUACAACUUGGACAGCACGGCAAAGAAGUCCUCGGGGGUCUGGAUCCUCUCUCCCACCUUCUCAAUCAUGACUCAGCUCAGCCCCCGUCGUCUGUUUCCUCAUCACGAGGAGGGAGGAGAGGCACCAGACCUGUAGCCGAAGACACGGAACCAAGAAGACACUCGGUCCCGUGUUUGUUUUCACGGGGACCCACACAGAACAGGGUGUCAUCUACAUUGUUGUGUUGGUGUUCAAGGCUCCCCCCACUGCUGCAACAUACACCUUGAUUCUUGUUAUAAAACCUCUGGGGACUUCCCUGGUGGUCCAGUGGCUGGGAGUCUGCCUUCCAAUGCAGGGGAUGCGGGUUCGAUCCCUGGUCGGGGAACUGGGAUUUCACAUGCUGUGAGGCAACUAGGCCCGCACGCCGCAACUAGAGAGGAGCCCGCGCGCCGCAAUGAAGAGCCUGCGUGCCGCAACUAAGCCCCGAAGCAGCCAAAAAACAAAUAAAUGAAAAUAAAAUAAAAUAAAAUUUAAAAAUCAAAAGCAAAACAAAGCUCUGGAAUCAUUUCGUCCCCGCUCUCCCAAGUUGGCCUUUAUUCCGGAGCGAUCUAGACGGGAGGGGCCUGUGGCGUCUCACCCACCCACAGGCAGCCCUGGGACCUUGGAAAUGAACACGAACUCACCCCCAAAGGGAAGCAAGUCAGGAGGCAGCAUACAGUGGGAGGAACAUUCUGUAUUGCUGCCCCCGCAGCCGCCAGGCUCCGGAACCUGAAACUGCCAGAUACACCCCGGACUCUUCUGGCGGGAGCUUGGAUAGAGUCGUGUUACUGGAAGACAGCGGGCAGCCCUGCGUGUCUAUCUCCCAGGAGGGCAGGUUUUGCAGAGGCCCAGGCGGAAGGACAGACGCGUGUGGUCUCUGUUCCUACAGAGGCCCCGUGUGUAGUAGGUGCUCAGUAAGUACCUCAAGAGAGGAGUCUCGGAGGACGUGAGGCAGGCGCAGUGCCGGCCCGGCCACACUUAGAGCUCAGUUGUAUGUGAGUGUCCGAGUUUCCAGGUCUGAGAGGCUGGGCCUCUCCCCGCAGGUCCCCGGGCCAGCCCAUCACCUCUGCUCCCUGUUGAGGGGGACUGAUGGCCAGAAGCACAGAUGGGGUGCAGGGUGGGUCUGUGCCUCCCCCGGGCUUGCUCAUGGCCUGAGGAGUCAGUCACUGGUGUGACUAUGGUCACCAGGGAAGUGAGGUGCUUAGGAGAGGGCCAUGCAGUGGCAUCGACACUGACCACACCCUGCCCACCCAGAAUUUCCAGUCUCCGCGCCUGAAGCUGGAGGUGGGGAGGUAGAAGGGUGGAUGUCAGCAGAACGUGCUGUCCGGGGGCGUAGCCAGGACCCCUCACCAAAUGUCUCUAGGGACACAGCCAUCAGAGGGAUACCCAGGCUGGGCUCCCCUUCCAGCUGGGGCGGUGGGACGGGGUCAGAGGUAGCUUCCGGGGGUGGUGGCCGUUGAGCUGGGCUUUAAAGGGGGUACAGGGGUGACACCAUCAGGGCAGAGGCAAGAGAAUAAACAAAAGCCCAGGGAAACAGCGGCGGCUUAACACGGCAGAGCCCGGGGGUGUAGGAAGCAAUAGGAACACAGGUUAGUAGGGGUGGUAGAGACAGUCACCAUGGGCUCCGGAUGCCAGGCAAAGGGGUCUGGAUGUUAUCUGGGGGCAGGGGAGACACUGUUCUCUGUAGAGAGCUGAGAGCACAGCCGCAAAGCCACGCCUGCCUGUACCUUGCCCUGGGACCUCGGACAAAUUGCUCAGCCUGUCUGUGCCGCA